AUGGCCUCGCCACGAAUGCGGAACAGAGGCACGUACGACGUCAGCCGUUGGGAGACGGCAGAGAGAGCGAUCUGCCUCCCUCAUUCUCGAUCCAACAUCCCACCCGCGUCGGGAUGCACCCAUGCUCCGGCACCGACUUCUCUGGUCAGGAUCCCCAAAGGCACCGCCGUCCCCUCCCUCUGGCGAAAUACGGCCAUUCCGGGUCAUCCCCAAGCAUACUCGCGCCAGCACAAUCCCCUUGUCCUCCUGAUAUGCUCGAAUCCUCCCCAAUGCUCGAAUCCCUUACCACCUUCUCGUCUACGGCCCUCCAGCAUGCGAAGGCGUGACACGCGUGACGAGUCACUGAGAAAGGCGAGGACCACGGUUGACGCUGUUGUGCCCCUCGCCUCCAGGAUAUCGCCAUCAAUACUCAUCAAUACUCAUAAUAGCGACGAUGCCUCCUGGUUCAACAAGCACAUUCUGAUUCUGCUGGGCAAGAGACGUUUGACCGAGAUGUUGCCGUCCUUGCUCGACGAUGUCAACGUUCGCAUGAUAGGCUGGGGAAAGAAAGGCUGCUUCGAUCCCUUCAAGAAUAUCUACGACCUCGUAUUCCAAAUGACAGUUCGGAUGGCGAGCUGCUCCGAACUAGCAAAUGACAGGGCAACCCUCGACGAGUUGCAAAAACUCUACUGGCAGCUGGAAAAGAGUUCUACACCCACGGCUCUACUUCCGCCUUGGUUCCCAGGUCCUGCAAAGAGGCGAAAGAGGACUGCGACGAAGGAAUUAUUUACAAAAACUUACGACGUUGUAGAGGCAAGGAAGAAAGCGGCAAUCCCGUCGUCCGAUGCAGUCGACGUGUUGCUCGGCCAAGGACAUUCAACUACCGAGGUAGUUGAGUUCAUCGUCAACACCAUUUUCGCGGGUGUGGUCAAUACUGGCAUGAUCUCCUGCUGGGCACUUGUCUACCUAGCUUCGCACGAAGAGUGGAUGGCAAAGGUGAAGGCAGAGGUUAACGCCCUCAUCGAAAAACACACCAACACCCUGUCCACCGAAAGUCUCGCGAAACGACUCGCCACAAUUCCCAUUUCAGCCUGGGAGGACGAGAUGCCCGUCAUGGAAGCCGUCAUCCGCGAAACCCUGCGCAUCACACUUACCAAUGCAUUCCUCCGCCGAAAUGUCAUUGACGAGCUCAACGUGUCGAAUGGCACGAUUCAGCAGGGCGAUUUCGUCGCCUACAAUGUCGCCGACGUGCACCUGAACUCGGAGAUCUAUACCAACCCAUAUGAAUUCGAUCCUGGCAGGUACGAUCCAGGACGCGAAGAGGACAAGAAGACCACUUUUGGUUUUGUGGGCUGGGGUGCCGGGCGUCAUCCUUGCACCGGGGUGAAGGUAGCCAAGUUGGAAAUCAAGGUCAUUGUCGCUAUAUAUAUGAUGUUGGCAGGCUUCGACUUCGACGUAGUCGACAAGAACGGCGAACACAUGACAAAAAUCCCUGUUCCGGAUAGAAACGACAUUCAUUAG